CACAUCCCGUGGAACACAGGGGCCGGUGCCGGGUCUUCAGGAAGCCUCUUCCACUUCCACCACAACGUGUGUUUUCUCAAAAGCAAAAGACUUGACUCACUUUGUGCACAAUGGGUCGCCGCAAGUCGAAAAGAAAACCUCCUCCUAAGAAGAAGCUGACUGGAGAUCUGGACUCUCAGUUCACCUGUCCCUUCUGCAACCACGAGAAGUCCUGUGAUGUCAAAAUGGAGAGAAGCAGAAACACUGGAAUCAUAUCCUGCACAGUGUGCUUGGAGGAGUUCCAGACGCCCAUCACCUAUCUGUCGGAGGCAGUCGACGUGUACAGUGAUUGGAUAGAUGCCUGUGAAGCAGCCAAUCAGUAGCCCCCGUGAAGCUGGAUGACUUUCAGGAACUUAAAGAGGAUGAGGAUGUGGCACAUUGGGAGCAAACUGGUCAGAGGAUGUUUUGGAAACUUUUAAAUUGUUCAGAGGUUUCCAUGUGGUCCUUUUCAGAUUUACCGUUUGUGUGAAGUACAGCAAAGAGCACAAUUUCAAGUUUGACCUGAAUUGUCUUCACACAUUGAGCGGGGCUUUCUUUUUUCGAUAUUUUUUUUUGUUUGGGUCUCAAAAAUCCUUUUUUAAAUUGUAUUAUCUGGCAGUGUUAAUUAUUUUUGGUUAGUAUUACCAGAUAGAGACCUGUGUGGAUCUCAUUCUCUAUCAUACACUGACGGUUCAGGCCCGAUAUUACCGGUUGUGUCCACAGUCCUCCUCAUCCUCACAAAGACAGUUGUGUCACAACAUUAGGUCAUUCCACUGGUUAGAGGAACGGGAAUGUGUAAGAUUUACGCUUAGCUGCUAAAACCAAAGGUUUUGAAUUGUUCUUGAAUCAUUCAGUUUUUCAGUUGAUUGUAUGUUUUGGGCUUACAUGUUCAAAUAAAAAAAUCCCCAAAAAUCUAAUGAUCUUUGUUAUGAAGCGCAUAUUCCGUGUAAUUUUCUUCUGAAAUCAAAUGUUUAUAUUGAGUGUUUAUUUUCCUAUGCAACAGCCAAUAGUGUUGAAAAGCAAGCUGCUUUUUUUUUAUGUAAUGCACUUGAUAAGUGUGAUCUUGGAAAUAAAGGAGCAAUAAGACUUGA